AUGGCUGACGCUGCGGGCCGGAGUCGUCGCGACCUGGGCGGGCUGACGCUGCGGGCCGGAGUCGUCGUGAGUCGCCCGCCUCCCCCCUCCCCUCCCGUCCACACCCCUCGCACUGCAGGCGACCUGGGCGGGCUGACGCUGCGGGCCGGAGUCGUCUCGCCCGCCUUCCCCCCUCCCAUCCGCUCCCCUCGCACUGCAGGCGACCUGGGCGGGCUGACGCUGCGGGCCGGAGUCGUCGUUCUUGAAGACGCGUGGGAGAAUCGGUUUGACAUGAGGCGGAAACACCUGAACACUUGGAGCAAAAUCAGUUAUUCGCUAAUGACGUAUGUGUCAGAGAUGCUGAACUUCAGGAUGGAGGAGACGCAGGUGGACUCGUGGGGGUACCCUGACGAGCGCGGCUCCUUCUCCGGCCUGGUGGGGCUGCUGCAGAGGAACGAGAGCGACAUCGGCGCCGUGGGCUGCAUCAUCACCACUGCGCGCAUGCGCGCCUGCCAGUACGCCGGCGAGACCACGCCUUUCAGGCCGCGGUUCAUAUUCCGGGAGCCGCCGCUGUCGUCGGUGUCGAACAUCUACACGAUGCCAUUCAGCGCGCGCGUGUGGCGCGUGUACGCGGCCACGGUGCUGCUGCUGACCGCGGCGCUGCUGGCCGCGCAGCGCGCCGAGGCGAGCCUGGCCGCGUGGCCGGAGGACGCGCGGCCAGCCGCGGACUGGGGCGAGGCCUUGCUCGCGUCCCUCGGCGUCAUCUGCCAGCAAGGUUGUUCAAGAACACCAGAUGGAAUGUCUUCAAGAACACUGUUCUUCGUUUUAUUCAUUCUAUCCGUGUUCUUUUUCACAUCGUACUCGGCCAUUAUCGUGUCGCUGUUGCAGUCGCCCAGUUCUUCUAUCAACACAUUGGCCGAGCUCAUUGAAAGUCCUCUGAAAAUAGCAUUUGACGACAUCGUAUACAACCACAAAUAUGAUAACUAUGUCAGUGAGACUUCGUCGCCCGUUAUCUGGAAACUGUUCCACGAGGACAUCCUCUUGCGGCCGAAGCACCAAGCCUUCCUGCGUCAGGAGCACGGGGUGCAGCUGAUGCGGCGAGGGAUGAUGGCCUUCCACGUGGACAUGAGCGCGUACAAGAUCAUCGCCGACACGUGGAACGAGAUGGACAAGUGCGACCUGAAGGAGGUGUUCAUGUUCCCGGCAUACGUGUUCGCCAUACCGGUGCAGACCGGGUCUCCGUACAGGGAGAUGAUAACUGUCAAACUCCGCUGGCUGCGGGAGGCCGGGUACAUCAGCAGGGAGUGGAGGCGCUGGGCCACGGAGAAGCCCGUCUGCGAGCACAGCACCAACUUCAUCAGCGUCGGCCUGCAGGACUUCCGCGCCGCCCUGCUCAUCCUCGUCUGCGGCGUCCUGGCGUCGUUCGCGGCGCUGCUCCUGGAGCUGGGUGCCCACCACUCCCCGCGCCUGUGGCGGGGGCGUGCGAGGAGGUCUGUGGUGCACGAGCUCGGGGGCACCAGGAUCCUCGAGUGA